UCCCCCUUAGCUACACAAAGCAACUCCACUUGCUUGGAAGACAAAAUGGCGAACGAGUCGAUUAUCCGGAUCCCUCCCUAUCAUUACAUCCAUGUCUUGGAUCAGAACUCCAACGUCACCCGCGUGGAAAUCGGGCCCAAGACUUAUAUCCGCCAGGAUAAUGAGAGGAUCAUAGUAGCUCCAAAGAAGAUGGUGAUGGUUCCACCACGACAUUACUGUAUCAUCCUCAAUCCGGUGGUUCGUGGACUAGAUGGGGCAGUCCAUCUUGAUGCUCUGGGGCAGGUCCGGCUCGCACAUGCUGACUUGGAGAUCAGGAUGGCUCAGGAUCCUUUCCCCUUAUAUCCAGGAGAGGAACUAAAAGAGGAUAUUACACCUUUACAAAUUGUCUUGGCUAAUACCGCCCUGCAUUUGAAAGCUCUGCUGGACUUUGAAGAUGACCAGGCAGCCAAAUAUGUUGCUGGAGAUGAAUGGUUGUUUGAAGGACCUGGAACCUACAUCCCACGAAAAGAGGUUGAAAUUGUGGAGACAAUCCUGGCCACCAUCAUUCGCCCCAACCAAGCCAUCAAACUUCAGGCACGGAAGGAAUGCAGAGACAGGGAGGGGAACAAACGUGUGACAGGUGAGGAAUGGAUGGUGAAGAAGGUUGGGGCUUACUUGCCAGGUGUAUUUGAAGAAGUAGUUGACAUUGUUGAUGCUGUCAUUCUGACUGAAAAAAAAGCACUGCACCUCCGGGCCACCAAAACGUUUCGGGACUCUCAAGGUAUCGUGAGGAAAACCGGAGAAGAGUGGUUGGUCACCAUGGCGGACACCGAAGCCCACAUCCCUGAUGUUUAUGAGGAAAUGCUGGGCAUUACUGACAUCACCACCUUGAACAGUUGCCAGUAUUGUGUAGUUUGUGACCCGAUAGGCGUAGAUGGCAAACCUCAGCUUGGGCAGAAGAAGGUCAUUAAGGGCGAGAUAUCAUUCUUCCUACAGCCUGGAGAAUGGUUGAAAGAUGGGAUCCAAGACAUUUAUGCCCUGUCUGAAGAAGAUGGCAUUAGAGCUGUGAUUGGCCACUCUUACAUGCUGUCUCAGGAUGAGGAACUAUGGGAGAAACACUUACCUGGCCAUGUGGAAGAUUUGUUGACUACCGGCAGGGAUCCUCUUCUUGAUCGCUCCAAAGACAGCUCAGACAAGGGUGUUGUGUUGCCCCGUGAUAAGACACGGGCUGUGUCUUACCGUGUUCCCCAUAACGCGGCUGUGCAAGUUUACGACUACAAGGAGCGUAAAUCCAGGGUGGUUUUUGGACCAGAACUCGUGCUACUGGGUCCAGAUGAGCAAUUCACAGUCCUGAGUCUCUCUGGGGGCCGGCCCAAGCGCCCCCACACGCGGCGUUCUCUGUGCCUCCUCCUGGGGCCAGAUUUCUGCACUGACAUUAUCACUAUUGAAACAGCUGAUCAUGCCCGUCUCCAACUCCAGCUGGCCUAUAACUGGCACUUUGAGAUUCCUUCAGCGGCUGAAGCAACCCGCCUUUUCUCAGUCCCAGAUUUUAUAGGUGAUGCCUGUAAGACGUUGGCCUCACGCAUUCGGGGAGCUGUGGCUGCUGUCACCUUUGAUGAUUUCCAUAAGAACUCAAAUCGUCUGAUCUGUGCUGCCGUCUUUGGGUUUGAUGGAGAAGGGACCCUGCGUCACUCCUUGCGCUUCGCCCCAAAUGGCCUAGUCAUCAGCAGCGUUGACAUUCAAAGUGUGGAGCCGGUGGACCAACGGACACGGGACGCUCUUCAGCGCAGUGUGCAGCUCGCCAUUGAGAUCACCACCAACUCUCAGGAAGCUGCUGCUCGCCAUGAGGCAGAGAGGUUGGAACAAGAGGCUCGAAGUCGUCUUGAACGGCAGAAAAUCCUUGAUCAGGCUGAGGCAGAACGAGCCCGGAAGGAGCUCUUAGAGCUGGAAGCACUGAGCACGGCUGUGGAGAGCACAGGAGCUGCCAAGGCAGAGGCCCAGUCCCGAGCAGAGGCAGCCCGAAUUGAAGGAGAAGGAGCAGUUCUGCAGGCCAAGCUGAAGGCUCAAGCUACUGCCAUAGAGACAGAAUCAGAACUGCUGCGUCUUGCACAAGCCCGGGAACAGGAGCUGCGCUUCGCCAAAGAGCAAGCCAACUUGGACGUGACCCGGGCAGAAGCUCUGGCUGCUGUUGAAGUCAAGAAAUUUGAAGCUGUGAUCAAAUCCCUCGGACCCAGCACGAUCCGCGAUAUUGCAGUGGCUGGGCCAGAGAUGCAGGUGAGAAGCAGAGAAAGGAAGGAGGGACUAGGAGAACAUUGUUCUUCCAAAUAAUGGGUGUGCUUGAAC